AUGCAUGCUUCUAUUUUCAUUUACACGCUCUUGACUUGCGCCCAUGCCCUGCCUGCGACUGUUUCCGGCACGUCAAACGGCCUUGCACAAGGCUCAUUUGCCACUCCCGCGGUGGCUGUCAAGCCCAAAUUCAGAUAUUGGCUUCCAGAUGCAAGCAUCGACCCAGCAGGCUUCGCGGACGAUAUCGCCCAACUUGCAAAGCGUGGCGCAGGGGGCACAGAGCUGCUGAACUAUUUCUAUCUACCGACGUCCACAGCUCCCAGCAACUGGGAUAUCUACGGAUAUGGUGCACCGGGCUAUUCUAAGACCAUCAAGGUCGCAUUAGAAGCCCAUCGAGAUGCGGGCAUCUUGUUCGACUACGCCCACAGUGCCAAUGGAUGUGUGCCAGCGAAAAAGGGCAACCCAGGUCUGUCCUGGCAGUUGAACUAUUACAGUACCACACACAUUGGGGACUUUAGUGGCACCGUGCCUGGAUGGGGUAAAGGCGACUUUGUCGGCGCGACCACGUUUGCAGUGACUGUUGUUGGGACUCAUCCCCCUGAGUUCCAUGGCCCGUUCGGUUGGGGGGGAUCCUAUCCCCAGUAUACUAUAGCCAACAGCUCGUUGGCAGAUGUAACCGAUCUGGUCGACUCCAAAGGGUUUAUUAGUAUAAGUCCUAAGGAAACACCUGAUUCACAGUACUAUGUUAUCCAAGCCUACUAUGCAGUCCAGCCCCUUGAGCGCGAGCUUGCCGCGUGGAACUCAAACCCGCAGACCAUAUUUCAGAAUGGUUCAGUGGCUGUUGACCACUUUUCAGCUGUUGGUGCCAAGGUCAUUACAGACUUCAUGGAGGAUUAUGUCCUACUUGAUGGCAAUAAAGAGUUGUUCCAACAAGUAGGGAAGAAUAUUUGGGAGGAUAGCCUUGAGAUUGCUGGUGAUACCUAUUGGACACCAGGUCUUCUAGGCAAGUUCGAAGCAAAAUACGGGUACUCCCUACGUCCCUAUAUUCCACUGAUAGUAGGAAGAAAUGGGUACAUGACAAGAUCCCCCAAGAACAUCUAUGUACUCGAUACUGAGGAUAUGGGUGAAGGGUUCCUGGCCGACUUUCGGGAUUUGUUAUCCAGCCUGUCGAAGGAAUAUACCGAUCAUAUACAGAAGUGGAGUCAUGAUGUCCUCGGCAUGGAUUUCUCCUCCCAGAUUGGCUAUAACAUGCCCGUGGAUAUGUUACAGACCGUGCCAGACAUUGACCUUCCGGAGGCAGAAACUCUUUCCUUCAGCAACCAGAUUGACAGCUACUUGCAAGUCGCUGGCCCUGCAGACCUAUCUGGAAAACAAGUGGUGUCUGUUGAACUUGGUGCUGACUGGCACCAGGCCUACUACCAGUCAUGGGAAAGGCUUUUGUUUGAUGCCAAACACGCCUUCGCGGGAGGUAUUAACCAGGUGGUCAUCCACGGCGCCAUAUACUCGCAUAAUUUCACCAACACGACCUGGCCUGGAUACACCACGCAUGGAUACGACUACGCGGGCCAGCACUCAAGGCACCAACCUGCCUGGGAUGUGGGCUAUGAGGAGGCUCUCGGGUACCUCGCGCGGGUCCAGUGGAUUCUACAAAGCGGUGUCCCGAAGGUGGACCUAAUCUUCUGGGACAAGCAGUCAGCACAGGAUGCAUAUCCCCAGCCUUUGUAUUGGUCUGACGAUCUCACCAAAGCCGGAUUCACCUACGAGUACCUUUCGCCCGCCAACUUUGCCCUGGAUAAGGCUGUUGUGCGCAAUAAGGUAUUUGCCCCGGAUGCACAGGCUGCCAAGGCACUGAUCCUACGGGGGAAUGAUACGUUGACUCCGGAAGGAGUUCAGUCUCUUGAAGGGUAUGCUGCAGCUGGGCUGCCUGUUGUGAUCUCCGGGGGGUUACCUUCAAAGUACGCUUCGGGGAGCCAACGCGCAGUGUCCGAGGCCAAAAGAACCUUAAAAGGCUUAUUGGACUAUAGCAAUGUAUACCAGGUUCCUUUACAAGGGCUCGCCGCCAGCAUUCAGUCCAUUGGUAUCACGCCCAGAGUCCAUGUCCAGUCAGACGGGUCUUGGUAUACAAGGUGGAGAGAGACUUCGUCGGGUGAUAUCUAUAUUUGGAUCUACAAUGACGGCUCUGACUCUACAGGGAGUCUUACCUUCAAGGCCUCUGGCACGCCAUAUUUUCUUAAUGCAUGGACAGGCCAGCAAGAGCUGAUUGUCGAAUAUAAUACAAACAGAGGCACCACAAUGAUUCCAUUUGCCCUCAAGAAACACGAAUCUCGCAUUGUGAAAUUCAGUAAAAGAGAAAGGCUGCUGAGGCAUGUUACCGGCAGCUCUGACGCGGUGUUGGGCUUCAAUGUGCAGCAGUCCGGAGCACUGAUACAGGCCAAAAUCGCCCACUCUAGCUCAUCCUCGUCCGUAUCAACGUCCUUUGGCAAACCGCAGACCUUCCGCACGACAGGUGUGCAACCAGCCUACAGCCUUAGCAACUGGAGUUUGACAAUCGAGCACUGGGGCCCUCCAGACAACCCGUACAAUCUGGACGAGGAUGCACAGAAGACAAACUCGACCGUUCAAAUUGCGGGCCCAUCCUUGAAGUCAUGGAAGGACCUUGGCUUCCCAGAGGCCUCUGGCGUUGGGUAUUAUCAAGCAACGUUUGAGUGGAGCCCCUCGGCGCAUUAUUUGACUGGCGGGGGCGCAUUUCUUCACCUUCCCCCGGUCUCAGAUGGUGCCCUGGGCACACUGAACGGCAAGAAUCUGCCUGCGUUCGACAUCACCAAUCCAACUGUUGAUCUCAAGCCGUACCUUAAGAAGGGGGUCAAUGUGCUUGAGCUCAAGGUAUCAUCUACGUUGAAGAACGCACUCAGACCAAUCUGGGACAGCCUUCGAACGGCUGGUGGUGGUGUGGCAUUGAGUUGGAAUGCCACCGCAGCCCUGGGAUUCGGACUGCAAGAUUACGGCCUGAUUGGCGAGGUUCGAAUUGUGCCAUAUGGGUUGGUGCGAGUUUUGUGA